CACGACUAUCUCCUUCGGUAGGUUAUCUCACUAUCACCCUUCAUCCUCUCUGGUUCUGCUCUGAGAACAGAAUGAUGUUUUGUUGGAUACUGAUAUCGCUAAUUGUACGAUUUCUCAAAGCACAAGAAACCCACACGGUAAUUUACGCACAGAUUGGAGGGGCCGUUACCAUACCUAGAGAUUCAUCAGUAACAGCAGAUAAUGUUUAUGUGAACUGGUACCGCGGUUCAGAUAAAAAACUAGUUAUCAGCAGGAACCCUCAGGGUGGGAUCCAAAUGGGGAAAGAUGAUAAAACACAUGCCUCUCUGUCAUCGAAUUACGAUCUCCAAAUCUCACCAGUACAGGAUUCUGAUUUUGAAGUUUGGCGCUGUGAACAACAUGUAUUAACGUCUACUUAUGUCAAGACCUACAAACUGUACCAUGUCACUAUACCCAAAGUGCCAGCCGUGAUAUUUGGUGACUCUCUGUCUCUGGAAUGUAAAACUGAUUCGAGUUCAGCGAGGCCCAGAAUAACGUGGACUCCACCUGAAAACUCUGGUUGUCCUGAAAUCAAGCGUUAUGGAAACACAAUUUCAGUCAAAGAUGUGUCCAGGUGUCAUAGUGGUGUUUGGACAUGCCAGGUGGAGUAUGAUUGGAGAGAAACUAAAGCAACAACAACUGUUUUUGUAAUAGACCUCUCCCCUUCUCCUCCAGAUCCGAUUUAUACCUCUCUCUCCUCAUCCUCUACAGUCAACAUCCCAUGUUCCCUGUCAUCUAACAUUCCCUGGUCCGUUUUAAAUGAGACAGGCCUCCAGGGUGGUAGUUGGAGCUUCACUCCUCUCAGCGAUCAAAACCAGCCUCAGACUCUCCUCAGCCUCAGUGUUGGUCCCGUGGUCAGAUGGGAUGUCACACCGGGCACAGACAGCAGGGUCAAGGGAAGAGAGUUAAAAGAUGCAGAUCUAUCGAUUCAUAAUCUGCCUGUAUCAGAGAAGAUCAGGGGGGAGUACAGCUGUAGCCUGACGUUCAAGAGCAAGACCCUCAGCAGAAAAGUCAAGGUGGAGGUUCUGCAGGGUCAGCUUAUGGAGACCCAUGAGACAUACUGCUUAAAGGAGAAAAGCAAACCACUGGAAGGAUUGUUGAAUUAAAUUAAAUAUUAGAUUAAAAAAAAUAAAUAAAUAAAUAAGUUGUUACAUCUUGUCAAUCAUCUGUUUAAAAUGAAAUAUUUGUUAGUACUUAAAUCUGUUGUAACCUGUGUUGGAUCUUUGUCAACACAGUCAGUAAGGUUUUUGUUAAUUUUGAAAGAAAUAUUUUAUUCUUUUUUCAAUUUAUUUUGUUAAAAUAUUAAAACAUCAACUGAAGAGCAUAUUAUGUAUUAUUUACCCAAGGACAUUGGUUGUUUAAUAUUAAAAAAGAGGGUAGAGAAUUAAGGAAUUUAGGAACUGGAUUGUUCAUGACAGUUUGUUUGAAAACAGAAUUUUUAGAGAAUGUAUUUUAUCACUUAGUGCCAUGAUUACUGAACACCAUUAUUACAUAACUGAAUACUUACACUGUUUAGAAAAAAAAAUAAAAUGGAGAAAAAAAAAAAAAAAUAGUAUGCUUUUCAGUGUGUCUAGGAGUUGACACAAGUUAAAUUGUGAAGUGAAUAAAUGUCAAUUAAAAACAUUUUCAUAAAAACAUGUUCU